AUGAAGGUCCUUGUUGCUCUCUUCGUUUUCGCAGCCUGCGGCGCCGUUAGGGCGUCGGAUCCCGCUCUUUGGAAGCUGUGGCACGAUGGCGCGGUGCUGGUGGGACCUCCCGUAACUGAGGUGUCUGUUAACGGCGACCAGCUGCGCAACGACACCAUCACCGCCAUCGAUAACUACCUCAUCAAGCUGGACUCCGACAUCGAACGGCAGUUCGCUUGGGGCGUGAACGAGAUCCUGCAGCCGUGCGGACUCCGCUUCCGGGAGAUCAUCGACAUGCAGAUUCUGGUGACCGCUGGCAUUGCGAGCCCUGACCAGUUCGACUACCAGCUGUGGUACCUGACGCGCUCCUACGACAGCGUGGUUCAGCUGGUUCGCGAAGGAGAAGGCUCGCUAAUGCGCCUCAGCUCAGAGCAGCCCCAUUUGGGUCGCGACUCCAAGGCGGCGGUGCCCGAAUUCGCCAGCCCACGCUACACGCUCAACCAGCUCUUUUACGGCUUCGACAAAGCCGUGAUCGACCGGGACUUCGGUAUCCUGCGCAAGUGGCUCCUGGACACCUUCGACGCUGGCCACAAAGUGGUGCACGAUGCCGUACCAGUCAUUGAGGAGAACCACCGCCAGUCGUACAUGUGGCCCAUGGUGCGAUCCCUGCAGAGGGACGCUUCCACCGUAGCCGUCUACGACAUGGCCAUUCAGGCGCACUCCGCCGCCAUGUACUGGAGCGAGUACGUCCGCGCCCGCAACGACCUUUGGUCUCUCUGA